ACAUUAACUCCUAUUCAUACUUGAUAAUAGUACAACGGUAACUCCCCCUCCAAGCUCCAACUAAUAAGCUCUCACUUCACUGCUCCUUCUUCUUAGUUGUAGUUUCGAUUUCUAGAUACCGGACAUCCUCUUUCAUUCUACCACUCGACUUCUUUCGCUUUAUUUAAUUCAAUUUUUGUCGUUUCUCUUUGCUGUUCAUUCCUCAGUCUCACGCUCCCACUAUAUAUCAUAGCAAGCAGUGACUAAUUAAGAGCGCAACAUCACAGCAGGCAGCACCCUGCACUCCCACCUGAAAGAUUAAUUAGCGGAUUAUGAGCCAAGUUUAAUUAGCUAUAAUUUUCUUCUUAGAAAGCCAUGGAUGCAAUCACACCUUUGCGCCCUUCAAUCUUCCUCUGCUUUUAUCUAUUGCUAUUGGCCACCACUCUCACUCUCCGCUUCGCUGAGUCACAGUCCUUCAUCGGCGUUAACUAUGGUCAGGUCGCCGACAACCUCCCACCGCCCGACGCCACCGCAAAGCUCCUCAAGUCCACCACCAUCGGAAAAAUCCGUCUCUACGGCGCCGAUCCCGCUAUCAUCAAUGCCCUGGCCAACUCCGGCAUCUCAAUCGUCGUCGGUGCCGCCAACGGCGACAUUCCGAACCUGGCGUCCGAUCCGAACGCGGCGGCUCAGUGGGUGAACGCGAACGUGCUACCCUACUACCCAGCAAGCAACAUCACCCUCAUCACCGUCGGCAACGAGGUCUUGACCUCCGGCGACCAGGGCCUAACCUCACAGCUGGUACCGGCGAUUCGAAAUGUCCAAAAUGCGCUGAACUCUGCAUCGCUGGGCGGGAAGAUCAAGGUGUCGACGGUGCACUCGAUGGCGGUGUUGACUCAGUCGGAUCCUCCGUCCACGGGGUCGUUCAACCCAGCUCUCCAAGACACACUGAAACAAUUACUUUCUUUUCAGAGAGACAACAAAUCUCCUCUCACCAUUAACCCUUACCCGUUCUUUGCUUACCAGAGCGACCCUAGACCUGAAACGCUUGCAUUUUGCCUCUUUCAGCCUAACUCGGGCCGAGUUGACUCGGGUAACGGAAAGCUCUACACCAACAUGUUCGAUGCUCAGGUCGAUGCAGUACACUCUGCUUUAAGUGCUAUGGGGUACCAAGACAUCGAAAUUGUGGUUGCUGAGACUGGGUGGCCCUCUCGCGGUGACAACAAUGAAGUAGGACCAAGUGUUGAUAAUGCCAAGGCCUACAAUGGGAAUCUGAUCAAUCAUCUUAGAUCAUUGGUUGGUACCCCUUUGAUGCCUGGGAAAUCAGUCGACACUUAUAUUUUUGCACUCUACGAUGAGGAUUUGAAACCAGGCCCGGGAUCUGAGCGCGCCUUUGGCCUGUACAAAACUGAUCUUAGCGUGUCAUAUGAUGUUGGCUUGGCCAAGUCUAGCCAGCAGAUUCCCCCAAGUAGUCCUAAAACUCCUGCACCUACUACGGCAGCCGGAUGGUGUGUUCCUAAAGCAGGAGCAUCCGAUGCUCAGUUGCAGGCAAACCUCGACUAUGCCUGUAGUAGUGAAGGCGUAGACUGUGGACCAAUUCAACCCGGAGGUACCUGUUUUGAGCCUAACACAGUUGCGUCCCAUGCUGCCUUUGCCAUGAAUCUGUACUACCAAACAUAUGGCAAGAAUCCAUGGAAUUGUGAUUUCUCUCAAUCAGCAACGUUGACUUCCCAAAACCCAAGUUACAAUGCUUGCGUUUACCCUGGCGGGAGUAUCUGAAAAGUAGAGGCUUCAGCUCUUGGCAAUAAAUUGUGCUGAUAGAAUUGUUUUAUAAUUUUAAAAUAAAUUAAUGAAUAAGGCUUUGUCUUUUUUCCCUCUUUAAGUUAUAUAUCUUAAUUAAUUUUAUGUUGCUUUAAUUGUAAAGUCAUGUCAAUUCUGGUUUGUGUAAGAUACUAAGAUAUCUACUUAUUACUUUAUCAAAAAAGGUCCACUUAUUAGUGUGACAAUCUACAAAUUCCUGUUUCUUCAA